UGACAGUACAGUUGCAAUAUGGCAGCCGGCAUGGUUCAAAACUAACGUGAAGGUCUUUAUCGUUUGUGCUUGAACACAGAUUAUUCCCCAGUCAGGCAUAAAAGACGACAGAUGUGCAGUGGUCCAGAUACUCAUACAGUAUGUCCAAGAUAUCUAAAGCGGUCAAGGCAGUGAGAAAGUUGGAUACUGGGAGUGUGAUCAGGGCAAUUGUGCGGUCUGGACAGGCGGCCCCUGGGCCUCCACUGGGCCCCAUUUUAGGACAGAGAGGCAUUCCCAUUGGGGCCUUUUGCAAAGACUUCAAUGAGAAAACCAAGGACCUCAAAGAAGGCAUUCCUCUUCCCAUCAAGAUCAAUGUGAAGCCUGACAGGACUUACGACCUGAAAAUCGGGCAGCCCACUGUAUCAUAUUUCCUUAAACAGGCCGCGGGCAUUGCAAAAGGAGCCGGAAAGACGGGGCAUGAGAUGGCAGGUAUGGUGUCUGUGAGGACCAUAUAUGAGAUUGCACAAGUCAAAUCCCAAGAUGACAGCUUUAAGCUGCAAGACGCCUCAAUGCAGACCGUCGUCAAGAGCAUCAUCGGUUCAGCCAGAUCCCUCGGCAUCAAAGUCCUCAAUGACCUGUCACCAGAAGAAUAUGGGGAGUUUCUCAGAGAGCGCGAGAGACUGAGGGCUGAAGCAGAAGCAGCCGCCGCCGCUGAGGUAGCAGUUGGAAAGAGAAAAUGAAGAGCUAGUGUGUGUGCUGGAGUUAUUUAUCAAUACACUGCUGACAUGUCUGCAUAUGUGUCUAACUUUGGAGUUUUGCUAAUAAAAUAUGCUUU